AUGCGCAGCUUUAACUUCUGUCGUUCUGCGCGGAAGUCAAUUCUCUUGAGUCUUGGCGUCUCGGAGGGCGCGGGGGCAUCGCCUGAGAUGACACAUGACAUCCUGCGGCCUUACUCCAAGGCCCCUGACCACGCAUGUGUGAACUCCUACAUGGCAGUACUUCUUGGUGCCGGUACAUUUCGCCUGUCGCGCGCGAUAUCGAGAUGCGGAUGGUUGGUGGGCUUUGGCGCCCUGUUCUCCCUGAGCCUCUUUCACAUCUUCAUCUGCCUCCGGCUGGUCGAAGUGCCGCGGCUGAUCCAGCGUGACGUGCCCAACGCCACCUUCCUCGGUAAGGUCUUCCUCCGCCCUCGGAGCUACUUCGUGCUCGCCGUCCUAUCCAUGCUGAGCUGGUAUGGUGCCUGCGCAAUUCAGCUGCAGAAUGUCUUCGUGAACGUCCUCAGUGUGGUCACGAUGGACAUGAUUCAACAUGCAGACGACUGGGAGCAGCUCGACACGCCAUUCGGAUGGAAGAUCGUGGGCACCAUUUUGAUGGCCAUCGCCAUCGUGCCGCUGUCUUUAAAGACCAGUGCUAAGGACCUUCAGACCAAGGCCUCCUACGCGGUCUACUCCAUGUUGGCAAUUGGCCUGAUUGAGAUGGCCUGCGCCUUCAGCCAUGGCAUUGCCACAUGGUUCUCUGAUCAGCCCAACAACUACUGCAUGGUGGGGAAGCGGAUCCCGGAGGGCCUAUUCGAUAUGGGUAUGGCCUUUGGAGGUAUUGCCAUUUUGCCCUACGUGCUGGCUGAUAUGCUGAACCCUCGCAAUGCCAAGAAAGUGGUGGUCAAGGCAACUACGAGGAUCAUGCUCUUCUACUUGUCUGUGGCGAUGAUCGGCUAUUUUGGAUGGGCAGACACCAUCGAGAAACGUGCACCGCUGCAGGUUAUGAUGCAGAAGGGGUUUUGGUACCAGAAUGCUGCGCGCAUCAUCAGCGCACUCUUUGUGCUGAAGACCGUCACCACUUUUCCGCUGACCUUCUGGCCUCUCUAUCGCGAGUUCGAAGCCUUGAUCCAGCUGGACGACUCGCCAGGUUUACAACUACAGCUUGCCUGGGCCAUGCGCAGACAGCAGCUGCUGAAGGUCGCCACAAAAAUUCUGCUGGUCACCGCCUGCCUGUCCAUCAUGCUGAUGUCCCAGGAGACGAAGCGCACAUGUUUGGCCAUUUUUCUCGGCUUGCCCUUGAAUGUGGGCCAGUUUGUCUUUCCUGCUUGUGUUGGGUGCCUGGCCAUACGCCUCCACAAGAAGAUCCUGAAGAUGAGAAACGAAGCACAUGAGCCCGGGAGCGUCAGCGAAGUCAAGUAUCUGUGUAACAGCUUGGAGGUUCAUUCUGCAGCUGUCCAUGCGGCUGCGGCAUUGAUUAUUCUGCUUGGCAUCGCUUGGUUCACUGGUACGGUGGUCCAGCUCGCGACCCCGAAGCCCUAG